AUGGUUGAUUCAAAACGAGUUGAUGGCCUGGUAGUUAGAGGUUUGCAGGAAAGUAUGGAAAUAAUGCUUCCAACUAGUUUCACUAGAGAAAUACCAGCUGAUGAUAGUUUGAUUCCAAAGGUCAACACUGUAAAAGAAUGGCCUCACUUAGUCAAGGUGGCGAGUCAGUUGACACCCUACAUGGGAAACAUAGAUAUCGGUCUGUUGAUUGGCAGCAAUUGCAUGCGUGCGAUAAAACCCAUAGAAAUUGCGCCUGGCGAGCUGGAUGAUCCCUACGGUGUGCGAACUGCGCUAGGGUGGGGCGUUGUUGGUGCCAUGGGAAAAUCUCAGUGUAGUAGCAAUUGUAAAACGAACUGCAGUAGCUGUCAAUUGGUUCAGGUUAGUCACUUUGCAUUUCAAACACGUGUCAAGGAAGUUAGCCCGCGUGAAGUCGCUAAGAUGUUAGAAUUCGAAUUCAACGAACCGGCAUCAUGUGCCUUCGAACGGUUGUCAUUUGAAGACAACCUGUUCAUGAAAAUAGUUACUGAAGGGAUACACAAAAGAAGCGACGGUCAUUAUGAAAUGCCUUUGCCUUUGAAAGGCGCCGAUGUUAGUGUGCCAAAUAACAGAUCCAUGGCAGAAAAGCGGGCCAUCAGUUUGAGAAGAAAAAUGAUCAAGGACCCUGGUUAUAAGAAGGACUACACAGUCUUUAUGGAUACCCUGAUAGCAAAGGGUCAUGCUGAACCUGUCCCCAAGGAGGAAAUCGAUGUAAAAAAUGGGAAGGUAUGGUGCAUCCCCCACCAUGGGGUUUAUCACCCACACAAACCGUCAAAAAUCCGUGUGGUCUUUGAUUGUUCUGCUGAAUUCGCAGGAGAGGUUCUCAAUAGGCAUUUGUUACAGGGCCCUGACAUGACGAACAAUCUAGCUGGUGUACUCUGUCGUUUCCGCAAGGGUCAGAUUCCGAUAACAUGUGACAUAGAAGGAAUGUUCCAUCAAGUCGGCGUAAAUGUUGAACAUCGCAAUCUUCUGCGUUUUCUCUGGUGGGAAGGAGGCAACCUGAACAAUGCUCCAAAGGAAUAUCGCAUGACUGUGCACCUCUUCGGUGCCACAAGCUCACCAGGAUGUGCGAACUUUGCCUUAAAAAGAGCCGCCUCGGAUCAUGAAGCAGUCUACAGAAAGGAAUCGGCCGACUUUGUCCGUAACGAUUUCUACGUUGACGAUGGAUGUUCAUCCAAAGAUGGGAAUCCCAAAGACACAGUAAACAUGAUAGAGGGCGCCAUAGGAAUCUGUAAUCAGGGUGGUUUCAGACUACACAAGGUGAUGUCAAGCGACAAGCAAGUCCUGGCUGCUAUUCCACCCUCCGAGCGUGGAAAAGGGAUACAGACCCUUGAUUUGUGUAGAGACAGCUUGCCAGUGGAACACACUUUAGGAAUAUUGUAG